CACCCUCUGUGUUUUGUUUUUAUAUUAAACAUUAGUUAGCUUAGGUUUUCAACACUGACAUUAAUGGCAUUGAAAAGCCAAGUUCGGCGUCUCUUCUUCUUCUUGUUGUUAUUGCUGGGCCAGUACGCCGUUUCUGCUUCCUCCGGUGCUGCUUAUCACGACAGCGGUGUUCCCAAAGAGCAAGAGGACGAUCGAAUCUCCGCCCUCCCCGGACAGCCGGCGGUCCCUUUUUCUCAGUUCUCCGGCUACGUCACCGUCAACGACGAGCAUGGCCGAGCACUGUUCUACUGGUUAACGGAGGCUUACACUUCCCCUCACACCAAGCCUCUCGUUCUCUGGCUCAAUGGAGGGCCGGGUUGCUCAUCAGUAGCAUAUGGAGCAUCAGAGGAAAUUGGGCCAUUCCGGAUAAAUAAAACUGGUACUUCGUUGUAUCUUAACAAGUAUUCAUGGAACAGAGAAGCAAAUAUUCUCUUUCUUGAAUCGCCUGCUGGUGUAGGUUUCUCCUACACAAAUACAAGCUCUGACCUCAAAACUACUGGGGACGAAAGGACAGCUCAGGAUGCUCUAAUAUUUCUAAUCAGAUGGAUGUCAAGAUUCCCUCAAUAUAAGUACAGAGACUUUUACAUCUCUGGAGAGAGUUAUGCAGGGCACUACGUUCCCCAGUUGGCUCAAAAAAUUUACCAUUAUAAUAAAGCCAAUCCCCAGAUCAUUAAUCUCAAGGGUUUCAUUGUGGGAAAUGCUGUGACGGAUAACUACUAUGAUGGAAUUGGAACUGUGACAUAUUGGUGGAGCCAUUGUAUGAUAUCUGAUAAAUCAUACAAAACUCUCCUCAAACACUGCAAUUUCACGGCAGAGGAAACAUCUAAAAUAUGUGAUGAUGCUGUGCGUUAUGCAAUUAACCAUGAAUUUGGACGCAUUGAUCAGUACAAUAUUUAUACCCCAACAUGCAGGAGUAACAGUACUGUACAGUACAUGAGGCUCAAGAGUACAAUACUACAUAGGAUCUCAGGGUAUGACCCAUGCACUGAAAAUUAUGCAGAGAAAUACUAUAAUCUUCCUGAAGUGCAAAAAGCAAUGCAUGCUAAUGUUACAGGCAUUCCUUACAAAUGGACUGCAUGCAGUGAUGUGCUCUUAAAAUACUGGAAGGACUCUGCAGUUUCUGUAUUGCCCAUUUACAAAGAGUUAAUUGCAGCUGGUUUGAGAAUUUGGGUUUUCAGUGGAGAUACAGAUUCAGUGGUUCCAGUGACAGCCACUAGAUUUUCCCUUAACAGUCUCAAGCUCAAGAUCAAUGCUCGUUGGUGCCCAUGGUACUCUGGUGGACAGGUAGGUGGAUGGACAGAGGUCUAUGAUGGACUAACUUUUGCAGCAGUACGAGGAGCAGGGCACGAAGUGCCAUUGUUUCAGCCAAAAAGAGCUCUCACUCUGUUCAAGUCAUUCUUAGAAGGAAAGAAGCUCCCAACAUCUUGACAUGUUGCUCAUGAAAUAAUUAAGGUUCUUAUUAUUAAUUAUUAAAUGGCUUUGCCUGGUAAAAACAGCAGUCAUUCAUUCAAAUUAAUGUCCAAUUGCGAGCAAUAGUAUAUUGUGUUGCUAAAAUAGUGGUUGGCAACGGCAAAUGCAAGGAAAUUAGAGUACAAGAAA